CAUCCUCGAGUCCGGUCUAAGCCAAUAGAAACGCAGAAUAUAAACAACCGAGAGAGAGAGAGAGAGAGAGAGAGAGAGAGAGCUUUCCUUGAAUCGAAUUGCAACUCGUGAGGAAGAGAGACUGUACGUCUGCAAAGGAACUAGGGUUUUAAACGGUUCAAAAAGAUAGCUAUUGAUUCUUAUUUCGAUCCCUAAAUUUAGGGUUUGGUCAAGUUAGGGUUAGGGUUGUUCGUUUCAGCAAUUUCUUUCUUUCUAGUUCUUCUUCUUCAUUUGCGCCAUGAAAUGAAAAUACUUAUUUCCGUUCUUAGCUUCAACAGUUUAGAUUAAGAAUCUGUUCUAUUUAUAGAGGGAGUUUUUAUCAUUUAUAUAAAUAGAUAGGAGAUUUUAAUUGGUUUGCAAGAGAGAGGGGUUUUUCUUUGAUGGAUGAGAUCUGGGAACGGGCCGUGGAGACAGCUUUAGACGGGCAAACGGACCACGCGGCGGCUCGAACUCUAACCCUAGACGGAGCAGUGAAGUGCGUGCAGGGUCGGCUGCCUCCACCGAGCCUUUUGGAGAAGUUGGAGAAUCUUCAACACCUCUCCAUCGCUAAUAUUGGAGUCUCAUCUCUUGAGCAGUUCCCUCGUCUUAGAAACCUUCAGAAGCUUAUACUCUCUGACAAUCGAAUCGCUGGCGGUCUUGAGUUUCUUGUCGAGGCUGGUCUUGACUCGCUUCGCGACCUUGAUUUGUCAAACAAUCGUAUCCAAUAUAUUGAAGAUCUUGCUCCACUUGCUCAGUUGAAGCUUAUUUCUCUUGAUCUGUAUGAGUGCCCGGUAACUAGAGUGAAGGAUUAUCGAUCUAGGGUUUUUGGAUUGAUUAAAUCAUUGAAGUAUUUGGAUAAAAUGGAUGCAGAGGAGAAUGAGAGACCUGAAUCUGAUGAGGAGGAGGAUGAAGAAGAGGAGGAUGAUGAUGAUCCUGGUAGUGGUGAGAUUGAUGGGGAGGAGAGACCUUAUAGACUGAAUAAUGGGCAUAGCGAAGGGGUUGAGGGGAUUGUGGAUGUGGAUGAAGAUGAAGAGAGUGAUGCAGAUGAGGAGGAGACAGAGACUGCUAGACGGACUGAUGGCCCCAACCAGAAUGGGUUUAGAUUAGCAGCAGUAGAAGGAAGAGAAGGCGGGGAUGACGAUGAUGAAGGUGAUGAUGAUGAGGAAAAUGAAUCUGGAGAGGAGAUUGAUGAGGAGGGUGAUGAUGAUGAUGAUGUUGUUGAGGUGCAUGAAAUUGAGGAUAGUGAUGAUGAGGAGGAUGGGGUUGAAGAUGAUGAUGAUGAUGAUGAUGAUGAGGAUGAUGAUGAUGAUGAGGAUGAUGAGGAAGAGGAGGUGGAUAAUGAUGAGGGUGAUUUUGCUGAGCCGGAGAGUACAGGAAGGCUCACAAGUACAGAAGGUGAGAUUGAUGGUCAUGAGCAAGGAGAGGAUGAUGGAGAAGAGGAUGAUAAUGGGGAGACUGGAGAAGAGGAACAAGGCGUUGAUGAUGAUGGAGAGUUUGAAGAUGAUGAAGAGGGCGAGGAGGAUGAAGAAGACUCUGGUGCAGGAUACUUGGUUCAACCAGUUGGUCAGGCUGAAGUGCAUGAUGCUGGAGGUAGUGAUAAUGAAAUUGGAAAUGAAGAAGAUGAUCAUGAAGGAGAGGAAGAAGUUGAAGAUGAUGACGAAGUUCAGGUGUUGGCACCAUCAUCCUUGUCACACCAUAAGAGGAAGAGAGACGAUGAAGAAGAAGAUGACGACGAAGAUGAUGGUGAGGAUGAUGAGGAAGAUGUUGUUGAAUAUACCAAAUCAUCAAAGAAGAAGCAUCAUUAGCUCAUUUCCAAUCUGCUGAGUCCAAAUGUGGUGUUAAUGCUUUUGAAAGUAUGGAAAUAGAGGGAAACAAAAAAAAAAAAACCUUGUUAGAUAGAUUGUUUGGUAGACUGGUAGUGAUUUUGGGAAAUCUUGUUGGACAAUGUUAAGAGGAAAAAGGAAAAGAAAAAAAAAAAAAAAAGAGAAGGGAACUGUACCUUUGGGUGGUAUGUUAGUUCAAAAAGUUGUUAGUAUAUUUAUAAUUUUCCCGCUAGCCUUUCUUAUAUAGCCGUUAGUGAUUGGUUAAAUUCAAAAGUCAGUUAUGAAAGAAGGUGGGAAGGAGUUUACUGCCCGCCCAUUUUGUGCUCUCUCCUCUACUGGGGUCUCUUUCUAAAAGUCGACUAAUUGAAGGGACAAAGUGGAAAAAAAACUAAACUAAUCUAUAACUGUGUGUAUGUGUUUGUAUUUCUUCAAUUUGGCCAAGCUGUUUUAAAAUUGGCCGGUUGUCAUGGCUA